AUGGCUUACUUUGAUGUGAUAGGGAAGGAGAAGCUGGAAGUGUGGGGUAUGAUAGCAGAUAAGGAUGCAGUCAGGGUUCAUGCAGGAGACCAAAGGGAGGAGAGUGCAAGUUCAGAGAUAAGGGCAGAGUCAGCAUACAUAGAUGCAGCUGCCAGUGAUGCUGCUGACCAGAGUGAGGACAGUGCAAGUGCAAGUGCAGGUGGCUCAGGGUCAGGGAGCACAGGGAACCUGUUAGGAAAGAAUGAUUUAGGGACACGAGAAACAGGCCCAAAGCAACCCAGACGGGACCAGUACCCCUCCACUAGUUUUGGAAAGCAGCAACGGUCUUUCCAGUACAAAUGGUUUGAAUCUUUUGACUGGCUGGAGUAUUCUUUGAGCAGAAACUCUUCACACUGUUUCUCAUGCAAGCUCUUUGGGAAACACAACCCUAGAGCCAGCAAAGAUGCCCUCCUCAGCACUGAGGGCUUUAAUAACUGGAAAAGGGCCUUGGAUAGCUACCGAGAGCAUGAGGCAAGUGCUGUCCACAAGUCAUCUAUCCUGGCCUGGAAGAAUUACAGAGCUACGCUAACAGAAGGCGAUGUUGUCGACCAAAUGAAUGUUGGAAAUUCCAGUCAGAUUAGUGAAAGGAGAGAAUACCUGCGGCGCAUUGUGGCCAUCACUAGCCUUUUAGGGAAACAAGGCAUUGCUUUCCGUGGUCAUGAUGAAACCAGCUCCUCCCUGAAUCAGGGAAACUUUUUAGAAGUAAUGAAGCUCCUUGAAACCUUUGACCCCUUCCUCCAGAACUACCAGGCCCCUUCUCAUUCAACAUAUCUAUCUCCUGCCUUGCAGAACAGCAUGAUCGAAUGUUGUGCUGAUGAAGUGACUGCAACCAUCGUAGAAGAGAUCAAGGCAUCGGAAAUGUAUGCAGUGAUGGCUGAUGAGGCAAGUGAUGGCCACGUUGAACAGCUUGCUGUUUGUGUGCGCUAUGUUACAGCUGACGGCGGAGUCAAAGAACGUCUCCUUGAACUUGUCACCCUUAAGGGAUUGAAUGCACAGUGCAUCAGUGACGCAAUUGAAAAUGUAUUGGAGUCGAAUGGCCUUAAUGAUCUCCUGUGUGUCACUCAGGCUUAUGAUGGAGCUUCCGUUAUGAGUGGUUCAGUAAGUGGAGUUCAAGCUCGCUUUCGUGAGAAACACCCAGAAGCAUUGUACGUACACUGCUAUGCUCAUGAGCUGAACCUGGUUCUCUGCCAUACGUGCAGGGCUGUUCCAGAAGCCAGUGACCUGUUUGAGACAUUGGAGAGUGUCUACUGUUUCUUCAGUGUAUCAAUCGUAAACCAUCAGCGAUUCUCUGAUGUCCAGAUGCUCCUGGGCUUGAAGAAGAGUGAGCUUGUCCAGCUGUCAAAAACCCGAUGGGCAUGUCAGGUGAAGUCUGUGAGAGCAAUGCUCAACAAUCUGCCAGCUGUUUUAAAGUGCCUGGAAGAGAGUGCAGUCGGAUUACUGUCAAAGCUGUCCAGGUUUUCAAAUGUCUACCUGCUGGUCAUGUUCCGGAGUAUGCUGUCAACUACAGAGGGGCUGCACCUGUACCUUCAGAAGGAUUCUGUGGACUUGGCCCAAGCAACACUCUUUAAAGAUGCAGUCCUUGACACACUGAAAUCCAUCCGAACCAAUGAAAUGGCAGACAAGCUUUACAAUGAAGCAAAACACAUCUAUGAUGCCAACAACAUAUGUGAGAGUCACAGUGGUCGCAGGCACAAGCAGAGGGUGAUGGAGGACUUUACAAUAGAGUCCACCUUGGGUACAAGGGCUCAUCUGGGCACAGAAGACCAGCUGAAACAAACUCUGUUGUACCCAUGUCUUGACCGUAUGGUAACUGAGCUAAACAGCAGAUUUUCUGAUGUGGGGGCAGAGCUAAUGCGAGGCAUUCAAGCUUGCAACCCAGCGGCCGUUGAUUUCUUCUGUGAGGAUUCCCUAGAGCUGAUUGCAACACAUUAUAAAAUGUCAUUGAAAAAAGAGGAGAUCCUGGUGGCAAAGCAGUUCCUUUCUAGAAGAAAGAGAGAAGGUGCCGUUUCUGACAUGGGCAGUGUUUACAAGCUACUUCACCCAGACAUGUUCCCAACCUUGAGCUCAGUUGUCCAAGCAGCCUUGACAAUACCUGUCAGCAGUUGCACGUGUGAGCGGUCGUUCAGUGUACUGCGCCGUGUCCACACCUGGCUGAGGAGAACCAUGGGCCAGGAGAGGCUACAUCAUUUGGCUAUUAUGGCAGUGGAGAAGGAUGCGCUUUGUGGCUUAGACCAUGGUGAAGACAUUGACCGGUUCGCCCAAGUCAAACCGAGGAGAUACCCACUUGUGCUCAAAGGACAAAGGUCCAAAGAAAGGAGCAAGAAACAGUGA